AUGAAGACAGCCAUCGUCUACCGUGGAUCCAGCGCUUGCGACAAUUGCUCCGAGAGUGUCGGCAGACUCCUCAUGAAUUCCCCUUACCACUUCAACGUUACGUAUGCUGGACCGGACGAAGAAGUGGACCUCAGCCCCUCACUUCUCUCUAAAGCCGAUCUCUACGCAUAUCCUGGUGGACCAGAUCUCGACGAAGCUUGGGAUGAGCUCAAAACGCAUGCGAAGACGAUCAGAGAAUUUGUCAACGGCGGCGGUCGGUAUAUGGGCUUCUGCCUGGGGGCCUAUCUUGCUGGAAAGUCGGCACUCGAUCUUAUGCCCAGCGGCAUCGACGUCGGAUCCGAAAUACUGCAAGACAAAGCACAGGUUGACGACGACCGAGAUACCACGAUUCAAGUCGAUUGGAAGUUCAAUGCUAGCACUGGCAGCCCGACAUUGGAGAAGUCCAGAUGGGCGUACUUCCAAGAAGGCGCAACGAUGCUAGGCUUCAACGACUCUGACCGUGGAAUUGUUGCUAGAUACUCUGCCAAUCAGAACGUCGCUGCCUCAGUCACGCCAUACGGUAAAGGCUUUGUUGGUCUUGUUGGGCCCCAUCCGGAGGCCUAUGAGUUGUGGUAUAAGGACGCCGAGAUUAAAAACCCUGAGGGGAUUCGAACGGAUAUCGGAUACGACUUUGUGAAAUCCACUAUUGACGGCAUCCCAGCUAGCAGCAACAUACCAGGUAAUAGUUGUUCUUAA